GAUGGAGGGAAGGACCACGAAAGACAAACCAAGAUUAUCACUAAGAGUGCUGAAGACAAAAAAAAAAGAGCAAGAAAGAAAGAGAAGGUUAUUAUAUAGAAAUGGAGUGGAGGAAAUGGUACUUAGAUGCAGUUCUUGUUCCAUGUGCUCUACUUGCGAUGUUUAGUUACCACAUCUACCUGUGGUAUAAGGUUCGAACCGAACCUUUCUCUACCAUCGUCGGGACUAAUUCUCGUGCUCGUCGGUCUUGGGUUGCCGCCAUCAUGAAGGACAACGAGAAGAAGAACAUCUUAGCUGUACAAACACUACGAAACACGAUAAUGGGAGCGACGCUAAUGGCCACAACUUGCAUCCUCCUCUGCGCAGGUCUCGCCGCGGUUUUAAGCAGCACUUAUAGCAUAAAGAAACCUCUAAACGACGCCGUAUUUGGAUCUCAUGGUGACUUCACAGUGGCACUCAAAUACGUAACCAUCCUCACAAUAUUCCUCUUCGCCUUCUUUUCUCAUUCUCUCUCCAUCCGCUUCAUCAACCAAGUCAACAUCCUCAUCAACUCUCCUCAAGAUCCACCCUCCGAUGACUUUGGUGGAAUCGGAAGCUUCGUGACUACUCCGGAGUAUGUCUCUGAGCUACUUGAGAAAGCUUUCUUGCUAAACACGGUAGGUAAUAGGUUGUUCUACAUGGGCUUGCCUUUGAUGUUAUGGAUAUUUGGACCCGUGCUUGUGUUCUUGAGCUCUGCGUUGAUGGUUCCCGUUCUUUAUAACUUGGACUUUGUGUUCUCGUCGAGCAAUAAGGAGAAGUGUAAGGUGGAUUGCCAUGGAGAUUCUGAUGAUCACUUCUCUCCUUGAUAUAAUAUAUGUUCAUGGGGAAAUAUGUAUAUGAUUAAUAAUAAACUUGUUGUUAAUCUAUAAGUCUUUCAAGUUGAUUGUUGCUAAAUGGUUUUUGGAAACCGGGUAUUUUUAUAACCGGAUUUUCUAUGAAGAAAAUUUAAUAAACACACUUCAAGCA